CUUCAGAAAGCUCCAGAUUUAUUAUAUAAUUUGAUUCAUGGUCAUGAUAGUAAGUCUUUACAGUUUCAGAAGAAAAUUCGGUAUUAUAAUAGUAUGUUUGCUUUCACUUCUCUUGGUGAUAAAGUAAUAGACUCAGUGAAUGAUGGAACUGGCCCACCGCAAUUCAUCAUAAGUGGCCAAAAUUAUCAUAGGAUUGGAAGUUUAUUACCUCAGGCUGGUCAAGUUCCGAAAUUUGCCCAAUUAUACAUAUAUGACACAGAACAUGAGUUAACGCAUAGAGAAGGAAUAUUUGGGCAAAGUUCAGAUAUAGAUAGACAGCUGAUAAUUGAUUUGACCCAAAUGAUUGAUCAAUACAAUCCUAUAGCACAAUCAUUUAGAAGAGUGAGGGAAUUCCAUGAGAAUCACCCGUCUAAGGUGUGUUCUUUGAAAUUGUUUAGUCAAAGAGAACGUGAUCGAAGAGUUUAUAAUUAUCCUUCGUGCGAUGAAGUUGCUGCUUUGGUUGUUGGUGAUUUUGAUUCUUCUGAUACUGGUCGUGAUGUCAUUGUUAAAUCUGCAGCUGGCCAACUUCAAAGAAUAUAUGAGACAUAUGCUUUAUACUGGCCAUUGCAAUACCCUUUGCUUUUUCCUUACGGGGAAGAUGGUUAUCAAUUGGGUAUUCCUUAUCGAGAUAUUCAAGAUAUAAAUGUUGCAGGGAGAAGGACUAGAGUAUCCAUGCGAGAAUUUAUUUGUUUUUGUUUGCAAAUGAGAGAGCAUGAAGAUAGCAUUAUUCAUAAGUCUAGAAGAUUGUUCCAAUAGUUUUUUGUUGAUUCAUUCUCUAUGAUUGAGUCACAAAGGCUUUAUGAAAUCAGGAAAAAACAGAGCACAAUUAGAGGAGAAGUCUUGCAAGGUAUUGAAGAAGCUAUGUGACGCGGUGAUACUGAAGCAUCAUCAAUUGGAACUCGAGUGAUUUUGCCUUCUUUCUUCACUGGUAGUAAACGUUACAUGUUUAAUAAUUGCCAAGAUGCUAUGGCUAUUUGUAAGCAUUUUGGGUAUCCAGAUCUAUUUCUUAUCCUUACUUGCAAUCCUAACUGGCCUGAGUUUCAAAGAUAUACUAAUCGUGAUCAAGUUCCAAUUGCUGAUCGGCCAGACAUUGCUUGCCGAGUCUUCCAUGCUAAGAUGAAGUGUCUUCUUAAUGAUCUUAAGAAUGGUAUUUUUUUUUGGUCCUCUUAAUGCAGGUAUGUAUACAAUUGAGUUUCAAAAAAAAGGUUUGCCACAUGCACAUAUUCUACUUUGGCUUGAUGGAAGGAA